AUGAAAGCUGGAUUAGGGCCACGCUAUGCUUUUUACGGGCCAUUCGAAACAAUUCAUUUGAAUGCAAACGGAGUUGAUGAUUAUAUUCAAAAAUAUACAGCUGGUGUUCGGAAUGUGACGGCUGACUUCGGUCCUAACCCUACAUUUGAAGAAGAAAAUGUGAUAGAGAAGUUGAGGGAGUUUCUCUACAAAGCGAUGCCGCUGACAAAGCUCAAGGAAGAGGGCCUAGCUCGAGAGAAUAAAUUAGCCACGUUGGCAUUGGUUAAGGAAAAAUUUGAUUGA